UUGAAGGUUGAUAUUAAAAACUCAACUGACAGGAGGAGAAAAAGAAAUGGCUAUAUAUCUGAAAGGACCCCAUCUGAGCCACCAACCCUUCACCUUUAUACUGUGCCUAGAAACACCCCAUCUUCAGGAACGCCUUCUCAUGGAGUAGUUUAUGGAGUUGUGCAAAGGACUGAAAACAACCAUCAGAAUGAGGUGGUUGUCUACGAAUGGUCAUCCCAUCAGCUGAAAGAAGAGAUGAACUACAUUAAAGAUGUGAGAGUGACCCUGGAAAAAAUACGAGAGAAAAUGUUUGGAGAAUAUGAUGAAAUGAAAGAAAAAAUGAAGCGUCUCACACAAGAAAUGAAAGUUUCAACAGCAAAGCAAGAGUUCUUGGAGCACCAUUCCCAGACUCAGGCAUCUGCCAUAGACAGUCUUAGUUCCAUUAAUAGCUCUUUAAAUGCUUCCUCAUUGGACACACAGAAAAAACUGAUAGAUAUGACUCUGGAAAACUGCAAUAUCAGAGAUGAGGCAAAGAGCCUGAGACAUUCCUAUGAUGAGUCCUUAGAUAAAUUAAAGGAAAAACAGAAGCUGCUGGAUGUUGCACAAGCAGAAAAUCAGCAAUUAAAAAUCAAGAUAGAAUCUUCUCAGGAAGCCAAUGCUAACGUCUUAAGAGAGAUGACAAGAAAAUUGUACAGUCAAUAUGAACAAAAGCUCAAGGAAGAGGAACAUAAAUUUAAUGCAGAUAAAGAAGCUCUUAUUGUUCAGACAAAACAGUAUAUACAGGCUGUUGAAGAUGCCACCGAGAAGGUUCGAGUAGCAGAAUCCAAGAUAGAAGAACGCGAUGCAAAGAUCUCCGAACUUGACGGCUUAGUCCAGAGAAUGCAGCAGGAAAGGGAACAGUUACAUAUGCAAUUAACAAGCCAUGAAGAGCGAAUACAGAGGCUUGAUGCUAAAAUGGAGGUAACAGCAUCAGAGAGGACCCAGAAUUUAGAAGAGACUGCAACAAGUUUACGAGAGAGAAUCAAGCACCUAGAUGACAUGGUUCACUGCCAACAGAAAAAAGUAAAGCACAUGAUUGAAGAGAUUGAACUUCUAAGGAAAAAGGUCCACUACAAGGACUUGCUAAUUCAACAGCUGCUGGAAAGGAUAGCACUUUUGGAAGGAGAGAAUAAUGAAUUACAAGACAAGAUGGAUUACUUAAUGGCACAUCAGCCAAAGGAAACACCCGAAACCAAAGAUGCCGAGACAUCCUGUGAUCACCAAGAGAGGUAA